AUGGCUUUUAGCCAACGACUCUCCGUGAUGAUCACAUCUUUGAUCUUUCUCUACACAAUCCCAUCAACCACAUCGAUCUCACCAGACGCACCAACAAUGAUUCUAAUCGACAGUAUAUGCCUCGAGACCGUGAACGCGUAUUACUGCGAACGUUCAAUCAUCUCUAAACUCGACCAACCCCAUACUGAAAUCACGACCAUUGCGAAAAUAGCAGCUUUCAAUGCAUUGUACAACUCCAAAAUAACAAUUGCUCUAAUCAGAGAUGAUUUUAUUCCCAGGGCAGAUAAUCCUCUGGCCAAGGCUAAGCUUCGUACUUGCCUUGCAACGUGCAACGGCGUGGAGAAAUAUCUUGAAGGUGCGUAUCGAGCAGUGCUUCGAAAUGAUUAUUCAGAAAUGAGAAGAUAUCAAUCAUAUGUGCUUGGUUUGCUUGACAAGUGUAAGACUGAUUUUGAUCCUAUGGUGCGUAAAAAUUGGUGGGCUAGGCUAAUGAUUAAUAUCUCUAUAUUAGCAGCUCGUAGGCUCUAA